CAGCUAAGGAGGCGGGUGUUUUUUCAAAUUCAAGUCUGAAUGGCAAUGGAGAUUUAAAAUUUAUUAUUAUUCUAACGCGCCAACUGAAAGGUCGUGUUGUGAUUUUCGAAAUUUAUUUGUACCGCAUUUUUGAAUUAUUUUUUGUGGCGGCUUUUUUGUGUAUUCUUUGAAGGCCCUUAAUUUUAUAUAGUAAUUUUAAACAAUGUCAACGAAGACAUCUCGCCGAAUUCGAGUGGGCGUUAGAGUGUGUCCGUGCGAACAAGGUCACUCCCAUCUGUGGAGGGUGAUUGAUAAGCAAAGCAUACAAGGAAGAGGAAGCCAGAAUGAGACCCAGGUCUUUGACCAUGCUUUCGACGAGAGAGCCACUAACCAGGAGGUGUUCGACAAGAUGGCCCAGAGCAUAGUCGGAUCCUUCAUGAGGGGAAUGAACGGGACUAUUUUUGCUUACGGCCAGAAUGCGUCUGGAAAAACAUAUACCAUGGAGGGUGACACACUAAAUCCGGGAGUGAUGGCGCUGGCCGCCAAGGAGAUCUUCCAGCAGAUACUUCAGCAGAUGGAUCGAAUAAUUCUGCUUCGCGUUGGCUACUUCGAAAUUUAUAACGACAAGAUGUUUGACUUACUGGAUAAGACAAAAGACGUUAAGAUUCAAGAAACAAGCUCUGGAUUGGUCAAAAUCGAAUGUGAGAGCAUUGUUGCCUCGGAAAAUGAGCUCCUUCAGCUAAUAACCACAGGCAGUAAACAGCGUCGCAUGGAUGGUCGGUCAAGCCGUUCCCAUGGAAUUUUUCGUAUGAUUAUGGAAUCCCACAAAUGUGAAGGUAUCGCGGACGAAGCUGCAAGGCAAAGCAUUCUGAAUCUGGUGGAUCUCGCUGGUUAUGAAAAAGAACAAGUGGGCGCCACAAAAAAGCGACAAAUAGAAAGGGAAUUUAUCAACAACAGCCUCCUCUCUCUUGAAAACGUUAUAAAAAAACUGGCGGAUUUGGAGUCUAAACAAAAGACCAGCAGCAUGCCAAGUUUUCGAGACUCUAAGCUCACGCGCAUCCUUCAGGAAUCGCUCUGCGGCAAUGCAGUAACUUCAUUUAUUGUCACGAUUAAUCCUUCCGUUUCAAACGAAACUCAGACCACUCUUGAGUUAGCUAAGAAAGCCAUGACUAUUAGCACCAGGCCUAUCUUCAAUAACGUUCCUUAUGAUGAUACGGAGUUGAAGCGAAUUGAAGGCGAAAUCGAGCAUUUAAAGAAACAGCUUAUUCAAGAGAAGCGCAAGAACAACAACCAAUCAAGAAUAUCUGAGCUGGAGCAUUUCAUUGAACAAAAAUCCUCAAAGAUUAUAUUCACCAACUCGCUGAUCGAGAAGCAGCAACAAAAGCGACGACGCAGUUCAUGGCCCGUUCAAAAUCGUGUACCUUUUCCCGAGGACACCCCACUACCUCGACUAACCAAGCCUUUACAGGUGCAGAAACCCAAACCUCCAGCCCCUUCUCGCAUACCAUUCCGGCGCCAUUCCACUGUCACAUCUUUGAGGAACAACUUGGCGUUGUCUGGUACAAAGGAUGCGGUGCAAAAACCCUCCAAAGUUGAAGACAAAAAGGCAAAAAACAAAACUAGGGAUGCGGUGCAAAAACCCUCGGAAGUUGACAGAAACUCAAAAAAAGAAUCGGAGGAUGCGGUGCAAAAACCCUCCGAAGUUGAUAGGCCCAAAUUCAAGCAUGAACCUAAGGAAGCGGGUCAAAUACCCUCUGAAGUUGAAAGAAUCCAAAUACCCUCUGAAGUUGAAAGAAUCCAAAUACCCUCUAAAGUUAAAGAAAAAAUGAAGAAGAAAGUACUUAUUGAUGCGGUGCCAAAACCAUUCGAAGGUGAAGAUGCAAAUAAAGAACAUAGGGAUGCGGUGCAAAUGCCCUCUAAAGAUGAAGAAAAACCCUCCGUUGGUGAAAAAACAAAAGCAAUGAAUGAACCUAAGGAAGCGGGUCAAAUACCCUCUGAAGUUGAAAGAAUCCAAAUACCCUCUAAAGUUAAAGAAAAAGUGAAGAAAGUACUUAUUGAUGCGGUGCCAAAACCAUUCGAAGGUGAAGAUGCAAAUAAAGAACAUAGGGAUGCGGUGCAAAUGCCCUCUAAAGAUGAAGAAAAACCCUCCGUUGGUGAAAAAACAAAAGCAAUGAAUGAACCUAAGGAAGCGGGUCAAAUACCCUCUGAAGUUGAAAGAAUCCAAAUACCCUCUAAAGUUGAAGAAAUGAAGAAGACGGUACUUAAUGAUGCGGUGCCAAAACCCUCCGAAGGUGAAGAUGCAAAUAAAGAACAUAAGGAUGCGGUGCAAAUGCCCUCUAAUGUUGAAGAUGCGGGGCCAAAAUCCUCCGAAGGUGAUGACCCAAAAUCCAAUAACGAACCAAAGGAAGCGGGUCAAAUACCCUCUGAAGUUGAAAGAAAGCAAAGACCCUCUGAACUUGAUACAAUUUUCACAAAAGUACUACUUACUUAUGCGGUGUCAAAAACCUCCGGAGGUAAAGAAAAAAACGCAAAUAUAGAACAAGUGGUGCAAAUACCCUCUAAAGUUGAAGAAAGCAACGAUGCGGUGCCAAAACCCUCUGCGGUUGAAGACAGAAAAAAGAAUGAACUGGAAGCCUCAACCGAUAGCGAUGCCCUUCUGGCCGAGAUCAAUACCCUGGCUGUGACGAAGGAGGAAUUCAAUCUGAGGAUACAAAGGCUUCAAGAUCAGUUCACGACGCUUCAGAAAACAUUCGAUAUGUUGCGGACUCAGAUCUCGGAGAAGGAUUCAACUAUAAAGAGUCUACUUUACCUCAAGCAAAUGUCACGCGAUGUGCUGCGUGAUAGCAAAGAGGAGGAACUGCGUUCUGUAUGCCCUGACCUCCAGUCGAGCUGUGAACGUAUCUGGAACAAUAGUCAGGACCUCUGGCGCCUGCUGUACCUUACCGACGACGAGGACAUGGAGGCGAUUCAAUGCGUAUGCGACAAGCUACGUGCCGAGAUUGCCGCCACUCGUUCGCAGCUGGAGAGUGUCCAGUCCGCUUAUGAUCAAUCCAGUUGCGAGGUGACUAAGGAAAGCGAGUAUUGCAAGCAACUCGAGCAGCUUCAGGGCCAGUACGACUCUUUAGAGAAUCAGUGGAUAAGCCAGCAAGGGGACAUAAAGAUUAUGCAAGAAGACUACGAAAAAAUCCAGACAAAAUAUGAAAAGCUUCUUCAAAAUUACGUCGAGACCAAUGCAUCUGAAAAACAAUGUCCUAAACUGCAGGCUGAGAAUGCGCAGAUUCUUAACGAGAUUGCAACGCUAAAGGAACGAAUGGAAAAUGCAAAGCUCCAACUAGAUCAAUCUUCAAGCUACGAAUCUCUUACGAAGGCGGAGAAUGGGAAGCUCAAAAAGCAACUGGCUAAAAUUCAAACGGAGAAUCACUCCCUGUCCACCCAGGUGAUGGACUAUUUGCAGGAGAACGACCGCCUGCAGAAACUUCUUGAUCAGAAUUCGAGUUGCGAUUUGAAGUUGGAGGAUGCUGAUCUAGCGAAGAACCAACACUCUAGGUGUAAGUUUUUCGAGCUGGCGGAUAAAAUCCUGCAAAUUGAACUCCAUACCGACUCGGAAUUCUGCUACCUCUUUACAUCUACUAAGCUAAAAGGAAGUCAGAGUACCGACCUUCUUCGCCUUAAGCUCUACUUGGAUUCAGCCAAAUUUAUCGAGGAUCAGUCAUGUGUUCAGGAUAGCACCGCUGCUACUAUUUUGAACGGCUUAAUACAGCAGCACAAAUACAACUUAGUCGGUUUGACCAAUAAGGAAAUUGAAGAAGAAACAAAAGAAGAGCGCCGCCUUUCGAAUACGGUUUCCAAACUUCUAAAGAAGCUUCUUAGCAAGGAUGAGUUGCUGGCAGAAACAUCGACAAACCUCAUUAACUUGCGAAAGCAGUUCCUAACUGAGUCGAACAAUGCGGUGUCAUCAAGGCAGAAGAUCGAGAGACAAAUAAGCCUGGAAAAGGACAAAUACAUAGAGAAACUUAAGACUGAGAUCGAGAAGCUGUCCAGCAGUGCCAGCCAGUUGGAGAAAUUGAAUUCCAGUCUAAACGAUCGCUUUAAUGUUCUGCAGAGCAAGGAGGACCAGGGCCGGAAACUACUCGGCAAAGUCCAAGACGAGCUACAGAAAACUAAAGUAGAACUUAGCACUAAGAAAGAGGAGGUUGAAGCCCUAACUGCUAACUACAAGACGGAACUAGAGACUGAGAGAGACGCUCAUAGGAAUAAGAUCUGUGAGCUCGAGGAAGAGAACAGACAUAUUUCUACAUCCCAUAUAAAUGAACUGGAAGAGUUCAAAAAACUUCUGCGCGUAAAACUAGAGAAAGCUCAGGCUGAUUAUUUAGAUGCGAUAGAAGUACGAAAUAAGUUGAAGGAAGCCGAAGCGGAGCGGGCAGUUCUGUUAGCCGGAAUGAACGAGAUGAACUCGUCCCUUGAGGAUAUGGUGAGCCAAAGGGACUCUGAGAGAGUAAGAGUUCUGGAGUUGGAGAAAUCGAAGGCUGACCUAGAUAUAUCACUAAAACACUUGACGAUAGAAAAACAUGAGCUUGACAUUUCUAACAAAAAAAGCCUAGAUCUUGUGGAGAAUUUGCAGCUACAACUAAAGAAACUUGGCGAUUCCAAAGAUGGGCUCCAGGCAAAGUAUGAAAAAGAGGAGCAGGAGAUAAUCGCCCUGCAGUCAAGGAUCAAGGAGAAAGAAGCUGCGCACUCAAUCACUUGGGAGAAGUUCUCCAAACUGAAAGCGGAGCAUGAAGAUUUAGUUGCCAAAAAAGACAGUGAAAAAAUUGCGCUUCAAGAGCAUGCCGAUACACUCGCGGCCAAGGUGGUGGAUUUAGAGAAAGAACUGAUUAAAGGCAAAGAGCUCCUUAGCACCCAAGAGGAACUGAAAUCUUCACUUUCUGAUGCUAAAAACCUGUGCACCGAACGAAAAGUACAGAUCGAGCAUUUGAAGAACCAACUAAAUUUGGCGGAUGGGGAAGCCCUCAAACAAAACCGUGAAAAAGAAAAGCUUCGCAAAGAUCUGGAUCUCGCUUUGGAAGAAAAGAAGUCGGCCGUUGCGAAAAAAGAGGAUAUUGAAAUGCAACUGGCGGAUCUAAAAAACAGAAUGUCUAGUCAGGCAUCAAAACAGGAGAAGCAGAUUUUAGAUUUAAACGGCUUCAUUAAAGAACUACAGUUGAAGAUAAAGUUCCUCCAUGAGCGUAAAGAAAAACUAGAGGCUGAUAUUGAGAAGAAUUCACAGAAUUCCCAAAAUCUGGAGGUCCAGCUGAGGGAAAAGCAAAAAGCGCUUGCUGCAUCAUGUGAAUCAUACUCGAAACUGCAAAAUGAGUUUAAGGCAAAAAUUAUUGAGAACGCUAAAACGAAUAUUGGCCUACAUGUGAAUAUUGAACUUGUUAAGAAGAAUCUUCUAAAAAUGACCGAAGAGCGUGAUGAAUUGCAGGCCAAACUUGAAACCAAAGCGAAUUGUGAGAUUAAGAUGAAGGGGCAGAUUCUCAAAUUGGAAAGGAAGUUAGAAACUAACAAAGCCAGAGAUAAAAGCCAUCGGCAGGCGGUUGCCCAAGCAACCAAGGAAAUCGAACAGCUCCGCAAUGAAAAGAAAAAAUUCCAGCAGCAUGACAUUGAAAAGAACUUGCUUAUCUCCAACUUGGAGUCACAACUGAUAACCAAUAAAUCUAAAUACAUAACAGAAUUAGAUCUUCGGGAUAAAACAAUUUCUAGUCUGUUGAUUGACAAUCGCGAUAAGGGCGAAGAAAUAUGCACGCUCAAAGAUAAGUUGGAAAAGUUAAAAAAGUUCCUGCCAGUUGCUCCAGGGAAUGGCUCAGAUCGCAACUCGGAAACAGAAUCAGGGGAGCGCCGAAAUAGACGAAUAAUGGAUUACGAUAACAAUCGUAGACAAUCGGGCUGGAGCAACCUUCCAGAUUCCGAAACUGCGACUGAUGCAGCAGAUAUGAAUGGGAAUGGCGAUGAAAGGGUGUCCCAAGAGGAUCAUCCGGUAGCGUUGUGUUUGCCGCGACUUCCUCAUUCAGAAAAUGAUACUCCAAAUGGAAAGUAGCGAUGCUUCCAAGAAUUUGGAGAUUAAUUCACUCAAGGAACAAUGCGAAUGUCAGCAAAACCAAAUGGCACAUCUUCAACAGAAAUAUGAGGU